AAACCAGCACUGGCUGGUGAGCUGCAGGCGGAUCGCCAGCGACACGUGCGGGGUGCCGGCGCCUCGCCGCAGGGUGCGGGUGCCCGCGGAGCCAGCCAGCCGGAGAGCCAGCGGGAGAGGAGAAAGGGUGGGCUUGCGGGUGGGCCCGGGAGGCGGAGACCUCCGGGAAGCGGGGGCCAAGCAGCUGUGCAGGCGGGGGGACUGCAGUGCCACCUCUCCCGAGAAAGCCCACAUUCUCGCACGCCCGCGCGCGCACGCACGUGCACACUUUGGGCAGGGAGAACACGAGCGAGAGUCUUUGAGCGCUGGGCGCGUUUUAGUAAUGGCUUCUGCUCUCAACAGCAAAAUAAACCCGCCCGGGACUUGCCUGGAAUCCAAAGCCGACGCCCGCGGUGGCGCUGGCUGGAGAAUGGACUGUGAUCCCGAGAUGCACGUGAAAAUGUGCAAGAAGAUCGCCCAGCUCACCAAGGUGAUUUAUGCCCUGAACACCCGCCAGGAUGAGGCGGAGGCCAGCAUGGAGGCGCUACGGGAGGCACACCAGGAGGAGCUCCAGAAUGCCAUGGCAGAGACCAAGGCCAGGGUCCUGCAGGAACAGGGCUGCGUGGAGGAGGAGGCCCUUCUCCAACGCAUCCAGGCCCUGGAGAGCGCCCUGGAGCUGCAGAAGAGGCUGACACAGGAGGCUCUGGCUGAGUCGGCCUCGUGCAGGCUGGAGACCAAGGAGAGAGAGCUGAGAGUGGAGGCAGAGCACGCCGAGCGGGUCCUCACGCUCUCCAGGGAAAUGCUGGAGCUCAAGGCUGACUACGAGAGGAGGCUCCAGCACCUGACGAGCCACGAGGCUCCCCCGAGGGGCCGGCUGCCCCAGGAAAGCCCUGACACCAAGUCAGAGCCAGGCCAGGGCCCGGAGAUGCAGGAGGUCCUGCUAGAGGUGCAGCGGCUGCGAGUGGAGAACCAGCAGCUGAGCAAGGACUACGCGCGCAAGGCCGAGGAGCUGCAGGCCACCUACGAGCGGGAAAACGAGGCCAUCCGGCAGGCCAUGCAGCAGUCGGUGAGCCAGGCCCUGUGGCAGUGGCAGGAGAAGGAGUCGGACCUCCGCAAGAACUUCCAGGUCCAGGAGUCCGCCCUGCAGGCUCAGGUCCGGAAGCUGGAAGGAGACCUGGAGCACAGAGGCCGCAAGAUCAGUGACCUGAAGAAGUACGCCCAGAAGCUGAAGGAGAGGAUUCAGGACCUGGAUGUGCAGCUCAAGGAGGCUCGACAGGAGAAUUCAGAGUUGAAAAACACUGCAAAAAAACUUGGGGAGAAGCUGGCUGCUGCCAAAGACAGAAUGAUGCUGCGGGAGUGCCAUGGGACGCAGAAGACAGAUGACAUGAAGACUGAGCUAGUUUCAGAGAAUGAAGUCCUGGGGGAAGAGAAUGACUUGGAAACCCGCAAUCUUCAUCCUCAGCAGGAUCAAAGCCAUCCCAAGGAGUGUCCUUGCAUGAAAGGAAGCACAGACACACAGACCAAGAAAGAGGCAAGUGUUGAGACAGGAUAUAUGAAGCAGCAAUAUGAAGAAGACCUCCGUAAAAUCAAACAUCAGACAGAAGAGGAGAAGAAGCAUCUCAAAGACCAGCUGGUGAAGCGGCUGGAAGACUUGGUAAAGAAUCACACCAUGGAAAUCAAAUCAGUUCGCUCGUCCGUGGAGGCUGAAAGAAAGAAACUGCAGAAGGCUUCCCCAAAUGAAACUUCAGUUUCAAGGUUGUCUUUUCCAACCCCUAACUUUUGGGUGCUACAGAGGGCCCCUGGAGCAUCCAAAAGAAAGGAAGUAGAAGCACAGUUGGAGGAAGUGAGGAAGAAAUCAGAAAAGGAGAUAAAGCAGCUGGAAGAAGAGAAAGCCGCCCUCAAUGUGAAGCUCCAGAAUUCUCUGCUCGAGGUUUUGAGGCUGGAAGAAUUUAUCCAACAAAAUAAGGCGCGCCCCACAAAGGCUGAGGAGAGGCCCCAGGAAUUAGGCUGCCAGCGCUGCAGCAUUCUGGAGACACAGGAUCCAUGCUUGAAGCUGAAUGAAACUUCGCCGAGAGGGGAGGAGUAUCAAGAUAAGUUAGAAACUGAAGAAGGAACCAGCAGUGAUGAAGAAGAAAGGAUCAAAGUGUCCCUCAAGGAGGGAAGUGACCCGCAACCUCCACUGGACUCUUUGUUGAAGGAGAACACAUCCGAAAUCCAGCAUCUACAGGAGGACUGGCAAAUCCAGAAGGCCAAACUGCAAGCCCAGGUCUUGCAGAUGCAGCAGGCUCUGGAGCAGUGUGCCAGCAACUACAGGGAGGACCUGCAGGCGCUCAAGCAGCUCUCGGACCUCGAGAGGGAGAAGCUGCAGCGUGAGCUCCAGGAGAGCACUCAGCAGAACCAGGCCGUGAAAGCCCAACUCGAGGCGUCCCACCAGAGAGCCCUGCGCAUGCUGGAGAAGGCCAGACAUCAGGAACUCAAGGCCACAGAGGAACGCUUGAAGAAGGAAUCCAGCCACAGCCUCCAGAUCCAACACCAGGCGCACCGGCUGGAGCUCCAGGCCUUGGAGGAAAAGGCCAGGCAAGAGCUGCAGGAGGAGCGUGAGAGGAUGCAGGCCCAGCAGGCCCUGCUGCUAGAGUCCCUCAGGCAGGAGCUGUCAGAGCAGCAAGCUGCCUGCUCUGGGCACCAGAAGGAUUUGGAGGCACUGCAGGCUGAGCUGAAGGAUCUGGGCCGACGUCAAGCCAGCAGCCAGUGUCCAGGGGACAGCGAGGACCACACCAUUGCCACAGAGGUACGGGGUGGCCCGGGCCAGGCCGGCUUCCCACCGGGCGCUGCUGGGCAGGGUCCCGGCGAGGGAUGCAGGCUCUGGGAGGAGAACGCGCAGCUCCAGGACGCGGUGCGGCGGCUGCGCGCGGAGGUGGAGCAGCAUCAGCAGGAGGCGCAGCAGCUCCGUGACCAGCGCAGGUUGCUGGAGGAGAAUCAGCAAGCCCAGCGGGCCAGGGAGGUGGAGACGCUCCGCCAGGAACACCGGAAGGAGAUGCAGGCCAUGGUGGCAGAUUUCAGUAGUGCUCAGGCCCAGCUCCAGGCCCGGCUGGCUGCCCUGGAAGCCGAACUGAAAGAUUCUGGAGAGAAGCCAGGGAAGGGAGCGUCCAGGCCCGAGGACCUUCAGCUCAUAGGCCGCCUGCAGACCCGGCUGAAGGAGAGAGAGGACAUCAUCAGGCAGCUCACGGAAGAGAGAAGAUUUCACUACACAGCAUUCCCCAGUGCAAUGUCCCACCGGAAUCGAUCUUUUUCUUUCAAUCCUCACCCGGGAUAUUUGACUCCUUCCAUGAAGAAGAAGAAGAUGGAGGACGUGCCCAGCCGCGUGGUCAGCGUGCCAAACCUUGCCUCCUACGCAAAGAACUUCCUGAGUGGCGAUCUCAGCUCCAGGAUUAAUGCCCCUCCAAUAACUAAAUCACCCAGCUUGGACCCAAGCCCCAGCUGUGGCCGGCCCUACAAACCCAACCAGUCUCUGGAUGCAAAAACUGCCACAAGGUUCUGGGGGUUGUUGGGGACAGAGGCCCUGAUUCUGUUUCCCCAUAGAUAAAAGGGAAAUUAGGAUUCUUUCUGGCACCUGCUAAGUACUUGGCAUUUGGGUGAUAUAAAGAGUAGCAAAACAAGCCCUGCCUGAAAAAUGAUAAUUUGGCCAAAAGGAAAGACUGUGUAAGAGAAGAGAAUUAUGUCAUUUGGAAGGGGUACUAUUCCCGGUACCGAAUUCCAGAAGGCCCUUUUUCAUGCAUGAUUAGACAAGGGACACUGAAUCACUUAGCUGAAAACUUCAGAAUGGGUUACACAAAAGGUAGACCCCAUCUGGCCUGGAGGUCUGAAUUCAAAUCACACUCCUCCUCAUUCUUAGCUGUGUGGCCUUGGACAGGUCACUUGACCUCUCCAGGUUACCAUAUCCUUGCCUCUAAAAUGAAGACAAUAUAGCAUCUAUCUCAUCAGACUAAUGUGAGACUAAAGGCAUUAAUCCAUAGGACAUACUUAGCACAGGAAUUGGCACAGAAAUCUUUAAUAUAGUUUCAGUAUUAUUACUAAUAUUAUUCCUCAAGAUUUACUGUAUCCCCUUGCAAUUCUAAACUCUCUUAAUCAGGCCGGGCACGGUGGCUGACACCUGUAAUCCCAGCACUCCGGGAGGCCGAGGUGGGUAGAUCACCUAAGGUCAGAUUUUUGAGACCAGCCUGGCCAACAUGGCAAACUCAUCUCUACAAAAACUACAAAAAUUAGCUGGGUGUGGUGGUCUGCGCCUGUAAUUCCAGCUAACUGGGAGGCUGAGGAACAUUGAUCACUUGAACCCAGGAGCCUGGAGGUUGCAGUGAGCCAAGACCAUGCCAGUGCACUCUAGCGUGGGCAACAGAGGGAGACUCUGUCUCAAAAAAAAAAAAUAAAAAUAAAGUCCCUUAAUCUUUAAGUUUGGUUAAUCCUGCAUAAUUAUCAGAGCUAUAAUCACUAAGUCUCAAAGGAACAACAGAGAAAUAAACAAUGGUGAAUCUUCUGUUUUCAAAAUGGGAAUUAGACACUCCCUCCCCAGCCCCAUCCUUUUCAACUUGCUUCCCAUUACUAAUGUUGGCUGGUCCCAUUCGGGUAUUUCUGAAGAGUAAAUAAGCAGUUAUCUUUCUCUGAAACUAUGGUGGGUAUUAAGUUGUUUAUUGCAUAUUUAAACCAUAUAAAAAACAUUUUCUUGUUUUUAGGACACCAGACGGUGAAACGGAUCAACCAAAAGAAGCACAGCAGAAACAGGGCUCUCCGCACCAGGAAUGGUUUACCAAGUACUUUUCUUUCUAAGCUAAUCUUUCGGAUACAUCACAAAGAGGAUACCUGAAAAACAUUUCUUUUAAAUCAUCUGAUUGAAGGAAUGAACUAAAACCAACCAACCAAAUAAUAUGCUUGUAAUAUGAUUUAUAUAUGAUAGCUAAAACAAAUUUUGGCAUUAACAUUUCAUACUGUUCUGCCAGGCACCGUGGCUCAUGCCUGUAAUCCCAGCACUUUGGGAGGCUGAGGCAGACAGAUCGCUUGAGUCCAGGAAUUUGAGACCAGCCUGGGUAAUAUGGUGAAACCCAGUCUCUAUAAAAUAUACAAAAAUUAGCCAGGCAUGGUGGCAUGUGCUUGUGGUCCCAGGUACUUGGGGGGCUGAGGUGGGAGGAUUACUUGAACCUGGGAAGAAGAGGUUGCAGUGAGCCAAGAUGGAACUCCUGCACUCCAACCAACCUGGGUGACAGAGGGAGACCCUGUCUCAAAAAAAAGAAAAAAUAAUAAUAUUUUUCCAUGGUGACAGUUCAUGACAAAUAUCUUGACAUUGAACAAACCAGUGUUAUUAAAAAGCAUCUACAGGGAAAUGUUAUUUGCAUUACUAAUGACCUAUAUUGUAUUUCUAGUGUCUAAAACAUCAUACUCCAUUUUGUGGAAUAUCAGACUUUGUGACUUCCAUGAUCUACUUUAAAAGUGGUUUAACUGUCCUUAGGAUGCUAGUCAACUCACGGAUGAGUUUUUUCUAUGUAAAAUGAUACAAUUCCAAAAUGCACAUCUAACCUCAAGAGGAAGAUGAAUAAAAGUUCAAAAUAAACAGGAAAGCCAACUAAAAAGAAAACAAACCAAACCUACCAGAAAUGGAUGGCAGCAUGCUUGGAUUGAAUUUUUCACUUGCUUGGUCUAAGACAAGCAGCAGAUUAUAUAUAGAUGGGAUAACACCUACCUCUAAAAGGGCUUUGAAAGGAUUAUGCAAGAUAAUUUAACAUGAAUUGGAAUUAAGCACCACAGGUUUUUCUGUAAAUAACCAAGCCCAGCCCAGUUAUAGGUCUCAAUUUAAUGACUGCAGUGUCAACCUGAUCAUUUGUGAAGGCCUCUAGACGAUCUGGUAUUUGAAGUCAAAGAUCUUCUAGACUGGGCACCUGGCUCAUGCUUGUAAUCCCAACACCUUGGGAGGCCGAGAUGGGAGGAGAACUUGAGGCCAGGAAUUUGAGACCAGCCUGGGCAACACAGCAAGACCUCCAUCUCUACAAAAAGAAUUAGCCAGGCACAGUGAUGGGCGCCUGUCGUCCCAGCUGCUUAGGAGGCUGAAGCAGGAGAAUAGUAUGAGCCCAAGAGUUCGAGAUCAGCCUGGGCAACACAGUGAGACCCCAUCUCUACAGAUAAAAACAAACAACAACAAACUCCCAAACCUCUGGUCUUUGGGUUGGAGCCAUUUGUCUCAUGGUGCGUUGCUUCUUCACUGCAUGGAUUUCCAGUGGAUUAAAGGAACUGGAAUGGCUGUUCAUGGUGCUUACACUGCUCUCAGUCCACACUGUCUUGUCUUACCUUCUGACGGAGCAAUGUGAUUUGACAAGACUCAAUGCAACUUUCAGUGGGUUAAAUACUUUUUCAGUCUUUGGUGCUGGCCCAGGAAGUGGCCCACAAACCAAUGUUAAUUCUAUGCAUUGUCAAAACUUUGCUCUUUGAAUAAAACUUUGAACUGGGCAAUAAAAA